CUCUGUUUUGUAGCGCUUCCUCACAGCAGACCGGUUGCCAUCCAACCUUCAGCAGCAGUGCAGGAUGUGAGGGAAGCAGGGCCAUCUUGACAGGUGUAUCAUCGGGUCUUCAGGAUGGAAACAGGGUGUGUAGGUGUGUCUGAGGACAGCAGCAGCAGACACCAGCAGUCAUGGAGGUGGAGGGUACUGCAGAACCAGCCUUCGUGGACGUGGACCAGGGCCUGACUCUGGCCUGCAUCGCCUUCCUCUGUCUGUUGCUGGUGGCCAUGAUCAUUCGCUGUGCCAAGGUCAUCAUGGACCCCUACAGCGCGAUCCCCACCUCUACCUGGGAGGAGCAGCACCUGGACGACUGACAAUCUCAAGCAUACAUUUACAUAACGUGGAUCUAUGUGCUCUUCCAGGCAACCAUACAAGACAAAGGAGGUUUCUUCAAGGGUUGUGUAGUCAGGAAGGGCUCCUGUAUGAAGCCUAAUGACUCCACAUUUCAUUUCCAAAAUUAAGACAAGCAAGCAAACAAACAAACAGGGAAAACACAUGUAAAAUAUUUCCUUUUAAUAGUCUUUAGAGCAUUACAGUUAUUCUAAAACUAUGAUGGAGACCGUAGAAGUACAUGUCUUCUAAUGGUACAGAACUUCUUUUGUUUGAAUACACAAUCUAAAAUGGUUCUGCUAUGGUCGUGUUACACCGCGGGCAAGGACAUUAGUGGGUCGGAAGAGUAGAUAGUAAAGCAAGUUCAAGUCCAUUAACCCUUUACAGAGCAUUGUACUGUGGUUAUUGUAGAAAAACACUCUUUUGUACGAUACAGAACAUGUUUGUGCUGAGUGGAGAAAUACAUACAAACCAGUCAUGAACAUGAAACCUGCACAUCAAGUAAGAUGUACAUUGGGAAGACAAAAUGUAAAGGUUGCUUUAUCCACAUAUCACACAUCAACAUAGAUUAUGAGGAGAGAGAAAGUGGGUAAAGCUCCCAGUGAUGGAGUAACACUGAUACAACUACAGAGGAAAGCACAUAUACUUGGCUGUUUGUAUCUACCUGUCUUCAGGAGCUGCCUUACAUUCCUGUCGGACUAACAAACACAAUCAGUAAUGCCAAGUGGACGUCAUCCUUUACUGAAUGCACUUUCCCUUUAUAGACUGGAAUGAAAAAUUAGCAGAAGAUCAACAUGAAGAAGAAAAGUCACAAAACGUCCAGUUCCAGUAUUAGCAGGUUUUGACAGAUUGCACAGGGUUGGAAAAUAGAACAAAAGAUAUUAGAGGUCCAUAUGGAGACAACAAUCAUGUUCAUGAUCAUUACAACUUGGUUCAUUAUGUUUUGAUCAUCAUUCUGCUCAGUAAUAUUAGCAUACUCAUGAAGUUCAUCGCUGAGCUCGCAACACAGCAAAUCAUCAUAAAGAAUAAUAGUGUGAUGAGUACACAUCCAUCGCAGUUUAGAUUGACUCCCUGGUUCCAUUGACAUUAUGGUACUGACCUUGGUGGUUUCAAUAAUGUGGUUAAACUGACUGCUUGUGGUUCCUAUCAUGUCGUGACCAAAUCUAAUCGAUUCUAACCACAACUACGAAAAUAAGACUCAAGUUGUGACAAACCAGAAUCAUCCUAUAAGGGAAUACACACAAGCUUUGACGAGAUCCACAACAUAGCCGACUGUACACAUUAUACUGUGUAAGAAAUGAGCAUAAUGCUAUAUUCAGGUUGACUAGGUUACAGUUUGUAGAAUUGGAGACUGUGUUUUGCCCCACACAGUGUAUGCUCCAGUGUUAUCAUGAAGCCACUGGGGCCCUUUCCAAUGCAGCCACUUCGACACAUCAUUGCAGGGUAAAGACAGUAAUUAAUAACAUCAAAUAAGGCCCUGGUCCACUUUAUUUGGUGUGUAAAUAUUGGCUCACUAGAAUGACAGUGACACUCUAAAUAAAAUAGGACCAUAAUUAUUUUCGCCAAUUACACCGGUGUUUACCCUGCUAUGACAUGAGAAAAUGGCUGCUGGGAAAAGGGCCUAUUUACAAGCAACUGAAGCAACAAUCCCAAUCACUUCAAUUCAAUGUUGUCAUUGAUUAAAGCUAAGGUUGGCAAUCUUCUGUAGAAAGGAAAAUGGUUAUAUUUGUUGAAAUUCUCAUUACAUCCCGAUAGCAACCAAUAAAUCAGAUGCUCUUACAAAGAAAGCCCAGCCAAUAAGUUCAUUCAGCCCCAAUGAAUGAUCGCUUUUUGGGGGGGAUGGAUGGGGCUUUGGAUGGUGGCCUAGAGUGACGGGCUGUCAGUGUCGCUAGAAUUAGCAACUUUUGGGGCUAUUGCUGCUGGGUUUUUCAGUUUUCGGUCUGAUCCCUUUUUAAAUGUAGCGUACUCUUGGUUGUUUCUCAACAUUACUAACCUUAGCUUUGGUUGUCUACCAGGACUUGAUGAUUUCUAUAAGACAAGUUUAAAGGGGCACUCCAUUGAUUCUGCAUGUCAAAAUCAGUUUGCUAGUCAAGAGCAAGUCGUAUUUCACAUCUGAGCUAGCUGCUGUUCCACUGACCUCUAUCACUCAAUGCAAUCUCUGAUUGAGUAUGAGUUUGAUUGUUGUUGUUUUUUCUGAAAAAGUAAAUUUUGUUCCUUGGGUUUACUAACCAUAUUCUAAGAAAAAAGACAGGACAGUGUGUAAAACACAAGUUACAGUGGGCUGGCGGUGGGUCUAAUGGAGCAACAGAAGGUUUGCUGAUCCGGUGAGGAGUUGUGGCAGUCCCACUGCGGCGCUGGGCUUUGUGCUCUUUUUCAGUUGCUACAGCUGAAGGUGCGUCUCCCAGAGCUGCCGUAUAUGCUCUUCUCCCAGCACGUAGUUUACUGGGAGUCGUACACAGACCGUACAGCCCAGGUUCUAGUAAAAAACAAACACACAAAUGGCAAACGUAGACUAUAGGCGGAACAUUUGGAACAGAACAUAAAGCUCUGUGGCUCUGAAGGUGAUAUGUAAAGUCAAUUUCAUGUAACCUAAUAUUGCAAAUCACAAAUUUGCCUCAUGGGAGGAAAUAACCCUGACUUGUCAUUAGGUUUAUGUCAAGUUGGGCUUAGAAACUACAGCUCUAUAAUAGAACAAAUAAUGAAACAAUGGGUGUUUACCAGGAAGGACAUUUUCUUGAGCUUGGAGCCAUGCUGCUGUUUAUGGAAGUGCAAUACCACAUCACUGGAGUGUCCCUUUAAAUCAAACAAGAUCAUCAAUAAAAGCCAUGGGUUUCAUGGGUUUUGGAUGUUUUCUAAAGAAUUAUGACUUUCCUACAGGACUUGAUUGACUUGUGUGUAAUUGAUAGUCAGUGUCUGAGUAUACGUAUUUAGCAUUAACACUCAGACAGUCUGCCGCCAUUUAGCCUUUACAAUUGCAGUCAUGCUUGAUUAUGUGUUACUGUGACAGCAUGUCCUUCUCUUGUUGCUGAACAAGAUGCACACAUAUACGUGCACCCAAAGACAAAACUGCAAAACAGGCAUGCUGUAUAAUAUUUCACAGAAUGUACUAUUACACACCGUUGCCUCUAUUGAUAAAUGGGCCUUGUCUGCUUUGCCUUUUUCAGCCAUUAGUUUAGAACAAGUGGAGGUGUUCUUGUUGCUGUUCAUUGGAUCUGUCUCUGACUUAUGUAUCAUGAAAUGAUUGUCAAGUGCAUGUCAUGAAGUGCCUUUGCUUAAAGUAAACCACAGAAGAGCCAUUUAGCACAAUGCUGAACUCCACAGCAGCCCUCAAGUCUCCUCACCUUAAAUUCCUCGGACAAAUCAACAUUUUUGGGAUUGGAAAAUGGCCCAUUAUGCUUCUCUUAAGGCAGCAGGGUUAGAUAGCUGAACUUAUUCCAUUCCCUGGGAUUUACAGUUUUCCUGGUUUUCCUGGAAAACCAGUGAAAAUGAUGGCGGGGGUCACUGUGGAAGUCAGUAAAAUACUGAUGUGCUUGAACAUAAUGUUGAACUUAAUGAACUUAAUGUUGUGUUUAAUAUACUGUAUAACAAUGAGGUGAAGCACCAUAAAUAGAGGAAUGAGAAGUCAUUUCCUAAUGUCCACUGGAUACGACGGCAUGACAUACAGACUACUUUAUGAUCUACUGGAGCAGCACGCCUUUCUAAAGCCUGGAAUUCACUGUCAAUGAAUAUCAAUGCCUACAUUUAUUAGAAAUUGACUUAGAAUGAAAAUUUGAUUGUGCAUUUCAGUUGUUACUGAGUUUUACUGUGUCCGUAAAUAAGUAGUGAGAAAGACAGAGAGAGAAGCAGAAAGCAUGAGAGAGGGAAGGAGACAGUUUUGCUGCAAUUAUAUGUCUUUCUCUUCGUCCUCUUUUGAGUUUGGCAAAGAAGCAUCACAGCCAACAUCGGGGAAGGAGUGACACUGAGAGCUCAGUCUGCUGCAUCUCAGCUGGUAAAACCUCCAUUCAGUCUCUUCCUGCGUUGUGUAAUUGCCAUCACUGUGUUUUAAUGCAGCUGAAUUCACCAUUUAGUUGUUCUCUGUGUAUCAGUUGCCAGACAACGGAAUACGUUUAAACCAGUUUGAUCAUGACUCUUAUACACUACUUGUUACCAGUCUGCCUAUAUCAUUAUUUUAUGUUUCUAUGUUAUUAUUCAGUGUGCAUGCUAGGAACAAGGCUGAAAGAACACUGACUAUAAUGCCACAGGCUUCUUCUUCUUCAUCUCCUUCUGACGUCAGAUUUUUUGCUGCACUACUACUUUUGCAGCGUUGCCAACAAAACAAAAACGAGCAAAAUGAUUGGGAAUGUGCUAUGACUUUCCUCAGAGAUUUGCCAAGCCAUUUUCACCAAAAUUCCCAAAACAGCAAUACAGAUCCAAUCAUCGGAAAUCGGCGUGAACAGAGCUCAAAACCUCACCUCUUCAGGGCCAUACCAUCUUUUAACAUAUAAAAAUGCUUAAAAGUUUAGACCCCACGCUGCUGGAAACCCAGGCCGUACUGCUGGGCCCGCUGUAGGGAAGAGAGGCAAGGGAGAACCAGAACCAGGACUGAGCGAGGCAGACUGUCAGACCCUGGUGCAGUAAAACAAGAGGUUUUCUAAAG